AUGAUACCGUAUAUCCGAGCGAGCGUUUCUAUUGGUCAAUAUUUGAGCGUGUCGCAUAGUGAAUUCAAAUCGCUUGUUUGGGGUGAACUUAUUGGACAGCUAUACGGUAUGGCAUUGUCUGCGCGUCCACUUUCCGUGGUUUUAGGUGAAAGUGUGAUCCACGGGGUUGGACCAGGUGAACCCUUCCCAGUAGUUUUGACUGAGGUACUUCUGGGCUGUCUGCGCUAA